AUGCCGUCUCGUGUCCGACCACUCGACACGAUCCGCUCCUUCGAGGCUGCCAUUGAUGGCGAAUACCGACGCCGCGCGCAGUCAAUGCGCGCCGACCAGACCGACGUCAUGAGCUACGCGAGCCGACGGAGCAGCUACUAUGGCGGCGGCGGCGGCGGAUACAACGACCAGAACCGCUUCUCGUCCGUCAGCGGCUACUUUCCCCAAAGACAGACGCAGCGCGACAGCUAUGUCGAUGGCUACGGCAACGGCGGGCCUGUUGGCGCACAGCCACAACGCAUGCGAUACGGCAACCGCAUGCAGUCUGACCCGGGCUGGAACAACAGACAGAGCGCCCAUGGUGGUGUCUACCCCAUGAACGGCUACCAACAGUCGCGCGACACCGUCAACACCAACGGCUCGAAUGGCAGCCACAGCGACGGCCCCUACUCCAACGACCACAGCAACAGCGAGAACAGCUCCAUCGAACGCGGCAUGCCCGUGCAACCACCACAACAGGACAUGGGUGCACAGUACGGAUUUAAUGGAUUCGGAAGGGGUCCCAUCAUGGAGGAGUACGCACAGGGGUCGGGCAACUACUCACAAGGACCACCGCAACCGCCGGCUCACGCCAUGCCACCACCGCCCCCGAGGCACUCCACCCAGGCAGCACCGAUCAAACUCGGUGGUGGUGGACCGCCUGCUACCGAGAACACAAGACCAGCUAUGCUCUCGAAGAAGAGCAGCGAUGCUGGCGAGAAGCGCAAGAGCUGGUUUAAGAGACGGUUCAGCAAAGACUAA